GUUAACGAGGGAUUGCAACAUGGAUAGGAAAGUGUGCGUCUUUAUGAUGCUUUUGCCUUUCGGCAAUUAUAAAUAGCUUGUUAUUGACAUUCUGGAAUUAUCUUUAGGCAUUAAUCAACCCACUACAUUCAUUUUUGGAUGGAUCUUCUUGUCAGUCAUUAGGUGGCAUGGAGAAAUUCAUAUAUCACCAUUUAGGGUAGUUCGUGAUUACAUGUAGUAACAAACAAAGAUACUUUAUAGUUUAUACUUUCACAGUUACAUUUUCUGGGGGUCAAUCCAAGUAACUUGUAUCUGUCAUUAGAUCCUUUCAUGAUUUUGUGGUUGUAUACAAGUCACAACUAUGCUGACGAAACUAUGAAGGUUUAAACCAGUUCGCAUUCUAAUAUAAAUCUUGAGCUAUUAAUCCCGGGCAGGAUGAAUAUGCUCAUGAUUAUCCAUGGCUCUUUGGAGUUGAUGAUGAGAUGGAAAAGCUUUACAUAAUUACAUAUUAUAAGCUUCUGCCAUCAGAAAGAUGUGUUAUUCUCGGACUGAUAAUUAUCAUUGAUAUGGAAGGACCACUCGAUUUGCAUAUUGAGACCAAUUGCUGAUGUACCUCCACUAAGGUAAUGGUUCACUAUUUUAUUUGUAAUAAUUCCGCUGUAGUUGUUAAUUGUAUUUUCUAUUAAGCCUCCUUAGUUUUGUGGUAUACUUGUCAAUUUUAUAUGGAGUUGCAAAAGUUAUUAAUAACAUUAUAGCUUUGGGUUAUGGGGACUAGAUUUAAGAAGCCCAAUAAACUUCUUGUACUCCGUAUUUCCUAUGAAAUUGUAACCUUGUAAAGAAUUAAUUUUUUUUUUUUUAAUUUUUUUUUAAUAAACGUGUAUCAUUAAAGGGUCUAACUGGUACAAAUUAUUUAUUACAUAUUUUUGCAGUGAGUUAGAAUGCGUACUUUUGAUUGGUUUACCAAUCAUUUUAAUAUGAGGGAUGAGGGAAAUGAUUAUGAGUAUAAAUUGGCAUGGUAAUUGCCAAUUGCAUACAGUUGCUUUUUAAAAUUAGUCUACCUCCGUUUCACAAUGAUCUUAAGAUAUACUAUUUGCACAAAUAUUAAACAAAGGAAAGAGUGUGUGUAAAAAGUUGAUUGUAUAAGAAAAAGAUGGAUUUAGUAAAAAAAAAGAGUGAGUGAAAAGGUGCGUGAGUGUAAGAAAAAAGGUAGAUAAAGAAAUAGAGAGCGAGUGAAAAGGUGUAAAUGCUGUGCGGUAAGAUAGUGAAUGAGGUCUACCAAAAACAGAAUAAAGCACCAUGUUAAGAGUUUUUUAAAACGGACCCAAAUGGCAAAUGUUAAAAUCGUUGUGAAAUGAAGUUAGUACUAGUUAGAGGCUAGGUUAUGUUAUUUGACUUCCUUAGAGUUGACAUAUCCUGCAUAGGGUGAUUGUUAUUGUUUAUAAAUUUAAGUAGUAUAAAGUGCGUGAUAGUUACUGUUUUAUUAACUUUUGGCAGUUAGGGUUUAAAAUUUGUGGGUUUGUUUCUUUUGGUUUGUCUGUUUUGUCGCCCUUUCUUUUGAGAUUGUUGAACUCUGCGCCUUAUUCUCUCUAGUUGUUUUAAUGCUAUCUUCUUCAAGUUGUGCUUCACUUUUAUUCCUUUUAUAUUCCCAAUAACCUUUUUUUCCGUUUCUAUAUGAACCUUCAGUGGUUUUUGCUUCUUGUUCAUUUUAUGUUUUCUCGUUGAGGAACUUCCCUUAUUAAGGCAUCUCUAGUGAAGUUUCCUGCAUUUGUUUCCGAGAGAAGAUGGCUGCAAAUGAUGUGCCUUGCUGUGAAACCAUGUUUUGGGUUUAUCUGAUCAUAUGUGUGGCUCUAGUGUGCUUUGCUGGUCUUAUGUCAGGUCUUACCCUAGGGCUCAUGUCUCUCAGCCUAGUUGAUCUUGAGGUUCUUUCAAAGUCUGGCCAGCCCAAGGACAGGAGAAAUGCAGAGAAGAUUUUGCCUCUUGUUAAAAAUCAGCACUUGUUACUCUGCACCCUCCUCAUAUAUAAUGCCAUGGCAAUGGAGGCUUUGCCAAUUUUCCUUGAUGCGCUUCUCCCUGCGUGGGCUUCCAUAUUGAUAUCAGUCACUCUUAUACUUGCGUUUGGAGAGAUAAUUCCCCAAUCCAUUUGCUCUCAGUAUGGACUAAGUGUGGGUGCAAAACUUUCUGUUCUGGUCCGUGUACUUGUCAUUCUACUGCUGCCCAUUUCUUAUCCUAUCAGCAAGCUGUUGGACUGGUUGCUAGGCAGAGGCCAUUCUGCUUUGCUAAGACGCUCAGAGCUGAAAACUUUUGUGGACCUGCAUGCUAAUGAGGCAGGCAAAGGUGGGGAAUUGACUCAAGAUGAAACUACUAUCAUUGGUGGAGCUUUGGAUUUAACAACAAAGACUGCUAAAGAUGCUAUGACUGACAUGUCUAAAGUAUUUUCCCUUGAUAUAGAUGCUAAACUUGACAAGGAUACAAUGGAGCUGAUAAUGAGGGAGGGGCAUAGUCGAGUGCCUAUUUACUCUGGCUGCCCUUCAAAUAUCAUAGGCCUUAUUUUGGUAAAAAAUUUGGUUGUUUGCCGACCUGAAGAUGAAACUCCAAUAAGAAAUCUCACUAUUAGAAAGAUCUCCAGAUUCUAUGAUCACUUGCCACUGUACGAUAUACUGAACCUAUUUCAAAUGGGUCAUAGUCAUAUGGGUAUAGUUGUGAGGAAACAAGGCGUGAAAGAUAUGUCAGAUGCUACAUCCAAUUCUGCAAUAACUGUGAAGAAGGCGAAUGCAAUCCCAAGACCUGAACAAUCAGGAAGAAAAGGGGCAAAUCAUCAAAACUGUAGAAAAGAACAAAAGAAAACAUCGAGGAACACAUCCAUUGUGCAUUCAACUAAAACCGGACCGCAUAGUCUUCCAAUGCUUGAUGCAAUGGAGCUAGGAAAAAAUAUAAUUCUGCAUCAUGAAGAUGCUAUUCUGCAGGUACCUGAUCUAGAUUCUUGUCCAGAUCCCAGUGAAGAAGUUAUUGGUAUCAUCACAAUGGAAGACGUUUUGGAGGAAUUGCUGCAGGAGGAAAUUUUUGACGAGACUGACGAUUAUGUCGAUGUACACAACAGGAUACGAAUCAAUAUGUUGCCUGUCAUAAGAUCAUCCCCAAGAUCUGCAGGAGCCACACCAGUUUCUCAUCUUAGUCACAGUCCAGUUGCAUCGCCUCAUUCCUCAUAUCAUAAUACUCCAAUCCUGCAGUCUCCUACUCAAGCAUUUAUUCCAUCUCCCUUGAUUAGACCAUCUCUAUUAAGCUCUCCGAUGAGAUCUAGAUUACCUUCUCCCUCUACAAACUCAGGUAGUCCUAUGCGUACUUCUCCACUGAGGCAGGUAGCAACUAAUUCAUAUGAGAAGCUGCGGCGUUGAUCAUGUAUUUUUAGAGAACAUGCUGGCCCACACGUAUCAUUCGUCAUUUUUAUGUACUGAUUGUAUCUGUAUAGUACAGAACCAAGGACUCCCACAUAUUGUCAAUGUAUGGUAGUAUUUUUGGGAUGCCUUUCUGAACUUGAUAUAUGAAUAUAAUCUGACUGUCAAAGGAGAAGAUGUAGUUACAAGCAGAAUAACUAUGAAACCCCAUGCCUGCAGAUUAUAAUUAUUUACAACAAAGCUUUUAGUCU